AUGCCUGACUGUCAUAUGUGUAUUUUGCAGGUAAUUGCCGAACAUUCUCGACAAGGCUACAUGGCUACAUCGGUAUUUCCGCUUGCCAAGGACUACCUAGACGGCCAGCAACUCCCUGGUGGCAUCAAGCCUGAAGAAUGGGACGGCUUUCAUGACCUGAUUGUUAUUGAUGAAGUGGCUCGUUGUGGAUAUCUGGGCGUCAUCUGGGCAUUGACUUGUGGUAAUUCCAUCGGUGCACCGCCACUCAUCAACUUUGGCAAUGAAGAUCAAAAGCGGCAGUUCUUGCCAUCUAUCCUUAAUGGCACAACGCGGUUUUGCCUUGCCGUCACGGAUCACAGCUGGAUCGGAUGUUGCCGGUAUUACGACGACGGCCGAACGAAAAGGAGACAAGUUUGUCGUCAACGGAGCGAAAAAAUGGAUCACGAAUGGACCUGGGAAAGAUGGUGUCUCUGCUCUCAUCAUUCCAUUGAAAGCCCCAGGCGUGCGAUGCAGAAAGCUAGAGAAUUCCGGUGUAACAGCCAGUGGUAA